AUAUGUGUUGAGGUAUACACUGGCUCAGAAAUUCUCAACUAUAUAGGAGGGUUAGAUUGUGAGAAAAAGCAAUUGAUCCACAAGCUGGUCAAUUUUCGCAUGAAACAGGGUAAAAAGACGAGAGUUCGCGCGAUUUUUCAUGAGACGCUUUAUCGCUUGGCGCGCACUGAUCGCGAUGGGAUCGAACUUAUAUCUGAUGCUUUGGAGAAUGUGAAACCGGUAUGUGAAGUAGCGAAAGUGAGAAUUGCGGGUAAUAUUUAUGAUGUUCCUGGGGUUGUGGAUAGGGAUCGGCAACAAACCCUAGCUGUUCGUUGGAUUCUUGAUGAAGCUAUUAAGUCCAAAAAGAAAUCUAAAAACAGCUCGAGAUUGGAGGAAUGUUUGUUUGCUCAGAUUAUGGAUGCUUACAGGAAACGGGGAGAUGUGCGUAAGAAAAAAGAGGACCUUCAUAGACUUGCUUCCACCAACAGGAGUUAUGCUCAUUUCAGAUGGUGGUAAAAUCAGCCACAAAAGAGCUACUUUAUGUUCAAUCUAAUUAU